AUGGGAGAACAGAUUAUUGAGGCGAUUUCAGUGUUGGUGAUCGAAUUGGAGGCCGUUCGUCGUCAAUUGGAGGUUUGGGUGUGUGUGGUGGCUGCUGCGUGUUGGUUUUGGUCGUGUUCUUCGCGUGUUCUUCACCUCUUUCGGUUUUCCACCUUUUCAAUCCGAAAAUCCGAGAUCGAACUCUGCGAUCCAGGAAAUGGUGUCGAGCGACACAAGUUUGUGUUGGUCGACACCAUAAGAAUGGAGGAGAUGGGAUUGCCUGAAAGAUUGUUCGAGUCUAGAUUUGAACCUACGGUUUGUUACAGUAUAGAUGAGUUUGCCAUUGUAACUGGGUUGAAUUGUGAGGAACCAGAUGUUGCUAUCUGUGCUGAAGAUGUUUCUAAGCAAGAACUAGUUCUGACAACAGCGGUUGAGAAAUCUGUGAAACCGGAUAAAAGAAGAAGAUCACGUUCAAAGCCAACUCCUUCAAUUGAUUCUCCGCCUGUGUAUGUCACAAACGACAGACAAGUCCACAGCUUGAUCGAGCUAAGUCGAACACAUGUUGUACGAAUUUGUGUCUCUAGCCAAGGGAAUGCUGAUGUGGAAGAUAAUGUACAUGGACGUAAGAGUGAAAACCAUGAUGAUGAGUUCUCUGAUGAUUGUGAUGAAGACUGGGCCGCGGACCCAGAUGAAGUGUCGGAAGGAGGAGAAGAUGCAGCUUGUGAUGAGGGUGAUGACAAGAAAGAUCCUCAUCAAAUCGAUGAUGAUACCCACGCGGACUACAGUCAGUAUGGGAAAGUGGAAGAUGAAGACGAGCGUGAGACAAAGAUUCCUUUCGAUGAUCCCCCUCUUAGAGGGUGUGGUCAACGCAAACGAAUGGAUAAUUGGGAAGACAAUCUUUACGAGCACCAGAGUUUUGAUAGCAAGGAAGAACUAAUGUCGGAGUUGCGUUUGACAGCGGUGAUGACAAGAUUUACAUUCAAAGUAGCUACGUCUACAACAAAACUGUUUGUGGCCAAAUGCAAAGUGGCUGGAUGUGCAUGGAUGGUUAGAGCGGCUGUCAAGAAGCCACCACGUUUUGGAAUUAAGGAAGCGAACCCUGGAAGUGUUACUGAUCUUGUGCGUGACCCAGACGACCGUUUCAAAUACUGUUUCUUAUCAUUUGGAGCUUCAAUAGCUGGUUUUCAGUACUUGAGAAGAGUCAUUGUGGUGGAUGGGACUCAUUUAACAGGGACAUAUGGGGGAGUUCUACUUGUCGCCGCCGGACAGGACGGGAACUUUCAAAUAUUCCCCUUAGCUUUUGCAAUUGUCGACGCUGAGGACAGCGAAUCAUGGGAGUGGUUUUUCAACAAGCUCCGAGAUUGCUUUAUGCAGCAUCCACCAAUGGUCAUAGUGUCUGACCGAGCCAAGGCCAUUGCUAGAGCAUGUGAGAUCGUGUUUCCUUGGGCACUAAGAGGAAUAUGUUACUAUCAUCUCCUAGGUAACAUAAUCAAGGAUUUCCAUGCAAAAGAGAUCAUGUAUAUGGUUAAGGGUGCAGCUUACGCUCAUACAGUUCCUGAGUAUAACCGCUACAUGGACCUCAUUCGAGCUGCAAAACCUGAGUUGGCAACUUACCUAGAGGAAGCAGAUCCGAAAUUGUGGUCAAGAGUUCAUUUUCCCGGUGAUAGAUACAACAUAAAGACGAGUAACAUCGCCGAAUCAAUUAACUCGGCUGUUAAGAAGGCAAAAGGAUAUCCCAUUCCAAAGCUUUUGGAAUUUAUAAGGGAGAAGCUUGGGAUAUGGUUUACCAAGAGGGGCGAGGAUGCUAUGAGUCUCACAACUACCCACAGCAGACGAGUUGAGUACAUUUUAGCUGUGCGUUCACACUAUGCGGCAAGUAUGACCGCUGAACGCAUAGACACUUGGUGUUAUCACGUAAAGGGAGGAAAACGUGAUUGCAAUGUCGACUUGUUCCGCAGAACAUGCUCUUGUGGGGUGUAUGAUGUUGAGAAAAUUCCUUGUACUCAUGUCAUUGCAGCCGCAGCCGCAGCAAACGUACUAAUGUCCCAUUACGUGUGCGAUUGUCAUUCUAAACUUUGCUUGUAUUCAACCUAUGCACAUCCGAUCUAUCCUAAGGCGGGAUCUGACUCACACGUAAAGAAACAACCGUGUUUGAUUCCAGUUGAAAAGGUCCCUCCUGGCAGGAAGAAGAAGUCGAGGUGGCUAACUUGGCUAGAAAUGUCGAGGAAGAAAAACAAUAAACCGAGGAAGAUGCACAAGAAGUACAGCUGCUCUAAGUGUGGGGAAGCAGGACAUACUCGCCCAAAAUGCGUCUUUUGGAGCAUUCUGGAGCAUAUGGGACACAAGGAGCAUGGAGGGACUUGGCACAUGGAAGCAGCUCAACUGGAUACGCAAAGGAAGAAGGGAGAAGCCAUCUUGAAGACCAGCUCGACCGUCCACUCGACCAACCGGUCGAGUUCCUCAACUCGACCGGCCAAGCUUCAACUCGAUCGAGCUGGGGAGUCAAAGUCAAACCCGAAAAAUGUUGCUUCCCCCUUGACUUCCCUUUGA